GUCACGUGACGCAUUGCGGUAGUUUCGGGUCCUCGUAGUAAAUUUGUCUGUUUUGUGCUCGAGAAUCCAAAGACGGUAGCGAAGACUUAACGAGAAUCCAUUUAAAAAAAAAAAAAAAAAAGAUAUGGACGAAUCUGCUCAAUUACUGGAUGAAAAGAUGCUUGCUUUCAUGGUCCAGAUGGAAUUACUGGAGGAAAAACGAGCCCGUCUCAACUCCCUCAUCGAGCAGUCUCACCAUUUCCUGCUCUCUGCAGGGAUGGUUCUUCAUUUCCAAGGCGCGAUAUUCCAUGGGGAACAAGCAAGUGUCAGCUCUUCAGUAUGCAAGUGAGAUAAAGCCACUGGUUUCUCUUUGUGUAAGAACACUUGCUCACGAAAAUGUCGAGUUCUGCAGUGAGUCACCAAAGUAUAAUAGCGAGUGUCAUAACACCAAUGCACCUGUUGAAGACAUUGGCCCACAAGAGGAAGGCAUCAGAAGAAGAAUAAAACCUAAAAACGUUAGCGGUGAAAAGGAAGCAGUUGAAGAAUUAAGUCGUAAAACAUCACCUGAAGACCCUCCAGCCUCAAAAAGCGAACAGAAUCCUCAGCGAAACCCACUUCAUUGGUUUGGUAUUUUGGUGCCACAAUCCCUGAAACAAGCCCAGUUGUCAUUCAAGCAAGUAAUUGAGCUGUCUGCCGAGAUUGCAACUCUUCAGGUGCUCAUUUUAAACACCAGGCGAGAGCUAAAGCGCUGCUUUCGAGAGAAAGAUGAGAGAACGAGGACAAAGGAUGACAGACCAGGACGCUGAAGAUGCAAA